CAAUGGCAGAUUUAACUUUUAUAUAUUCAUGGCAAACGCGUGUUUAAUCUAUCCAGAGAUAACAUAUGGCAAUUUCUAAAAUUCAAUAAAAUCGGUAACCUCCAGAAUGGGUGGGAUUAAAUUCCCAAAUUGUGUACCGUUGGCAGUCAACUGUAGUGUCUUCAUAGAACUGACUUGGACGGAGCAGGUUUCUCAAGAGCAACUUCCGUAUUUGCCACUGACUUCCUGUUUUUUUUUUUUUUUUUUAAUUACAGCUGGGCUUUGGGACAUCAGUGUUUUUGUCCUUGAAUUUGGUAAUCAUAACACGUAGGUAGGUGCAGGAAAAAAAAUAGGGACAAAAAAGUAUAAUAAUCAACCUAAAGUUAAUAUUUAUUUGGGAUGGUUGGCCUGGGAAAUAGUCGUCGAGGGGGGCGUUCUCCUCCAAUCCUAAUUGGUGCUUUAAUCGCCAGUCUGGUUGUUUUGGGUUUAAACUACUGGAUUUCUAACUCUCGAAACAUUGAACUUCAGACUCGGGUAUAUGAACUGGAAGCAAAGGUGCGGCGAGCAGCGGCAGAGAGAGGUGCUGUUGAACUGAAGAAGAAUGAGUUCCACGGGCAGCUGGAGAAGCAGAAAGAGCAGAUCAACAGAAUAGAGUCUCUGCAUGAAGUGCAGCUGGAGAAUGCUUACAAAUCCUGGAAGGAUGACAAGGCAUUACUGCAACUCAACAUUUCUUUAAAUACAGCUUCUCUUCAAAAAAUGAAAGAUGAAUAUAAUAAUAUGCUGAAGGACUAUGGGAAGUUACAGAAGGAGCUUCAGGAAUGUCAAAGAAACCAGAGCAGCCUUCAGAAAAAGUUGAUAUACGAUAUGACCCAGUGCAAUGCUCAGAUUACAGAACUGAAGGAACAAUAUGAAGAAAAGCUUUUGGCACUCUCAGAAGGGAUGCAGCAAAAGGCAGAUACUGCAGACAGUAAUACAAAAACUACAAUGAUGAAACUAUCUGUUUCUACUGCAGAAAAAGGAAAAGUGGAAGUAGAUGAAAAUAAAGACCCAGUAAAAAAUGAACUGGUACUAGCAACCAGCAAUCAAGUUCCCAGCCAGUCUGCUAAUGACCAAAAAAAAGAAAUGGCAACUCAAAAAGAAAAAAACACUGAACUGGAAACCAAUGAGAUUCCAAAAGACACGGGUGAAGCUCAGCCACUGGUGACACUCGAAAAAGCUCAAACUGAGGAAGACCAGUCAAAGCUGAAAGGCUCUGAGACUCCAGCAGUGAAGGAUGUGGUGCUGCAGGAGGCUGAAAAAGAAAAGAAUGGAGGUGAAGUGGAGGAUGUAGUGUUGCAGGAGGCUGAAGAAGAAAAGAAUGGAGGUGAAGUGGAGGUGCUGACAAAGAGCAUGAUAAAGAAUGAGGCCCAAGACCCUGAGAAGGGCAUUGAUAAGGUCAAUGUCACAGAAGAGGAGGAGGAAGAAGAACUUACUCGCAAUGGAUUGGAGAUCUUUGAUGACUCACCGAACCGAGACCACCCUGACGAAUCUGUUAUAGGUAACAAAAUCAAUGACGGUAACCUUAGACUUGAGCUGGAGAAGUACAGUGAAGGAGCUGAUUACAAUGGAGAUGAUGACAACGUGGGAGAAUUUGAGGCAGACAAACAGGCAGAACUUUCAGAGAACACAGCAGACACAGAUCAGAAAAAAAUGGUGGAUUUAGACCAAGGGCAGUAUGAGGACGAAGAGAUGGAGACUGAAGGAUAUCAAAUGCAUUAAAAAAUAUUUAGUUGCAGUGUCCACGCAAAUGGUUGUGGUAGGUUUUAUACAAACAUGGAUUUGCGAGGGCUUUUUUAUAGCAACAUUUUAAAGAAAAUGUAAACAAAGUUGCAAAGGAUAAAACUAAAUGGAUUUUAUGAAACGCAAUGUAAAUCAGACAGGGUUAUGAAGUAAACUGGAGAUUUUGUUUAUUUGUUUUGCACUUUGUACACAGCAGUAUGUAUAUACAUUUUUGUAUGUAAGCCAUGCUACAAAAAUAAUAUUGCCAUGAGUUGUUGGUCCCAAGGGAAGGCAUAAAGUGGUGAGAUUGGAUCAAAUCAUGUUUCCCAUUUGGUUUGUUACAAAUGUCUAAUUCAGUAUCACUGCAGAAUGUAUAUUCCACAUGACUUUUUAAAACAUUUUUAAAGAGAUCUUCUGUAUGCGUUAAGGGAUGUAUAAAAAGUUUUACAUUUUAAUUUAUGUACUUAGUUUAGAAUGCUUCACUAAUGUGAAUACAUUGAUUAAGCCUUCUACUUGUGACUUCUGUGUAAGAAUGUUUAAUUUUUCUACGUAUCUUAUGCAUUACUGUUUCAUAGUUAUGGGUGAAUGCCUUAAUGUGACCUUGGAAUCAGUAAAUCAGUAAAUAAUGCUAUUAAUAUGAAGACCGUAAUAAUUAUGUCUUAAUCCUUACUUUUUCAGAGUAUCAGACUCUUCCAACCUGUUAGAUCUGCAUAUAUCUGUAGUUAAUUGGUGUUGAAAUGGUUGGUUGUUUCAUUUGUCUUUGCCAUUUUUCUUAGAAUAUAAAAUCUGCUAUUUUAAAAAAAUAUAAA